AGUCGCGUUGCGCUGCGCAGCGCACACAUGCCCGUGCUCUCCACUAUACAUCGCCCUGUUCCUCCUCUGAACAGCCCGUGUCACCACCGGCCGCCGUGCCCCUACCUCUCUUCCCCCCUCCCAAUCACAUCUCUCUCUCUCUCUCUCUGAAAAGCAAGCGUGCGGGUGCCUGUGAGGCCUGUGAGUCCGUGCAGUGGCGGACUGACGCCGGCGGUGGCAGGCUAGCUGGCGCUCGCGCACGCACGCCCUCGCGGCCGGCUUGGAGCGUUGCGGGAGAAUCGACCGAUCAGCUCACUUCGUCAGUCGUGCGGCCGCCGGCGGCCGGCUUGCUGCGUGCCUGAUCCUCGCCUGUCGCCAGCUCGCCAUUACCGGCGAGAGCGCGAGCUAGCUCCGGGCCUCCUCUCCGGUCCAGCUUCCGGCGGCCGGGAGCUCAGUCGCUGCGUGCCACCAGCCUCCGCGCCGCGUCGCGGUGGUUGCCGUUCUCUCGCGGCCGGCUGGGUCGAGGAGCGCGCGCGCGACAUCUUCGACCUUCUUCCGCGGCGAUGGGCGCCGAGAGCGGCCGCCGCCGCCGCGGCGCUGCCGCACUACUCGUCGCCGUCCUCCUCGCCGCGGCCAUAGUUGCCACGGCGGGGCGGCCGGUCCGUCUGCCGGCGGCGGCGCUGGCGAGGAGGCGGAUUGACUCGUCGACGACGGCGGCGAUCGCCGGUAGCGUGUGGCGGGCGGACGGCAGCGGCGUCGUCGUCCCAGCUCGCCGGCGGUGGCUGAUCGGGCCGGGGUCGUCGCCGCCGACGUGCCGCGCGCGGUGCGGACGGUGCACGCCGUGCCGGCCGACCCGGGUGGCGAUCCAGCCCGGCGUCGGCCCGCAGUGGGAGUACUACCCGGAGGUGUGGCGCUGCAAGUGCGGCAACAAGCUCUUCAUGCCCUGAUGAGCACGGCCGGCGGGGGUGAUCUUGCUUGUUCUUGAAUUGGAGGAGAAAAGUGCCGGCCGGGAGGUGCCGGUGGUUUUGCAAAAAGGGUACGGACGUAAACAAAAAAAGAAGACGGUGCUGGUUAGGUAAUUAGGCGUGCGUGCGUGUGCGACCGUGAUGUUUGUGUAUAUGCAAAUCAAGAUCUUAACUACGUACUACUUCUACAUGUCAUUGCUCUUUUCUUUUUCUUCCUUUUUUUUGCUUUCAAACUGUUUCAUUUUCUUAAAAAAUUCUUGGACAGCAUUCAGGCCUUGUAAGUAUGAUGCAGAAGUACCUUUACAUGGGGUUAAUUACACUGUAUGUUGAUGCA